AACAUUCGAAAAAACGUAUAAGGAGCCAUGAAAUUCCUCAUAGUCUUUGCUGCUCUUUGCGCUAUAGCCUUGGCUGCACCUGCCCCCGAUGAGCAUGCUGAAAUUUUGAAACUUGAAUCGGAUGUUGAGCCUGAAGGAUAUUCAUUUGCUGCUGAGACCAGUGACGGCACCUCUCGCCACGAAGAAGGCAAAGUCAAGGAUGUUGGCUCUGAACACCCUGCUCUUGUGGUUCAUGGUUCAUACACCUGGAAGGAUCAUGUUGAUGGCAAGGUUUACACCGUUAGCUAUGUUGCCGAUGAACAUGGUUUCCAACCAACAGGUGACCAUAUUCCUGUCGUUCCUCACUAAUUUUUUACUUUGCGGUUCAGUGAUUGGUAUGAGGGCAAGAGCUUAGAAUGACAAGAACUAAAUAAAUAUUCAUUCGUGGC